CUCAGACAUAAUUUGAGCCACUCGUAAACCUAUGCAGAUCGGCUGACAUACACGCAGAUCCUGCUGCAUUCAGAAUGUCUGCUCGACUACAAGGCAAAGUUGCGAUCGUCACUGGUGGCAGUAAGGGGUAUGGAGAGGGAAUAGCGACGAAAUUCGUGCAGGAGGGGGCUAAAGUGGUGAUUGGAGAUGUAGAUGAUACCAACGGAGCCAAGGUUGCCAGUCGGUUGGACUGCACCUUUGUGAAAGCGGAUGUCACCCAGCGUUUGGACUGGCAGAGCCUUCUUGAUACGGCGGUACGCGUAUAUGGAGGACUCAACAUUGUCGUGAACAACGCAGGCUAUUGCAACGGGCAAAAGCCUACUGAAGAGGUGACAGACACUGAGUUCGAAAAGCUUAUCAACAUUAACUUGAAGUCUCUCUUCUUAAGCUCCAAUGUGAUCCUGCCCUAUUUCCUUGGACGUGACCAGCCCGCGGUGUUCGUUAAUAUUGCUUCGGCCAGCGCUCGACGGCCGCGGCCGGGAUUCACAUGGUAUGGAGCCUCUAAGGCCGCUAUUAUCAACGCUGUCAACGCCAUGGCGUUAGAGUAUGCACCAAGGCAGAUUCGAUUCAAUAGCAUAAAUCCGGCCGGUGGACUUACGGAUAUGACGAAGGACUUUCUGUCUCAGCCGGAGACCCGAAGCAAAUUUCUAGAGACUAUCCCAAUGGGAAGGCUUUGCAAACCUUGUGAUGUUGCAAAUGCAGCAUGCUUCCUGGCCAGUGACGAGGCAGACUAUAUAACAGGCACAAUCAUUGAUGUUGAUGGUGGCCGCAGCGUGUAGGACUUGUUGACUAUGCAUCCGACAACCAAAGUUCCGAUUGGAAAGAGCUGUCCUUAUCACUAAGUAUCCGAGCUUAAGUGCUCUAAUAGUUGUCAGCUCCAGCCGUAUCUCAAUCGAAUGUUUGCAAUAUUUGCUAUGGCCAUAUUCGUCGUUGUCUAUGUUUAUCUAUAGUCAUGCCUUUGAUGAAGGGCUUUAGUUCUGAUACGCGAGAUACACGAGUAGAUCACGAACAAUACCUACUGUGAGUAAUCAUUGA